AUGGCGAAGAGCCGCGGGGAGAACGGGCCGAGCUCGCCGGGGCCAGGCGGGAGCCUAUCGGGGACCCGGGAGAGCCUGGCCCCGGGCCCGGACGCGGCCUCGGGCGCCGACGAACUCAGCUCCCUAGGCUCCGACUCAGAGGCCAACGGCUUCGCGGAUCGCCGGACCGACAAGUUCGGCUUCCUCGUGGGCGCGCAGGGCGACCCCGGCGCAGUAGAGGAAGUCCCCCUGGAAGUGCUGAGGCAGAGGGAGUCCAAGUGGCUGGACAUGCUCAACAGCUGGGACAAGUGGAUGGCCAAGAAGCACAAGAAGAUCCGUCUGCGAUGCCAGAAGGGGAUUCCUCCAUCUUUGCGGGGCCGGGCCUGGCAGUACCUGUCAGGAGGGAAGGUGAAGCUCCAGCAGAAUCCUGGGAAGUUUGAUGAGCUGGACCUCUCACCAGGAGACCCCAAGUGGCUGGACGUGAUUGAGAGAGACCUACACAGACAGUUCCCCUUCCAUGAGAUGUUUGUGUCCCGUGGGGGCCACGGCCAACAGGACUUAUUCAGAGUGCUGAAGGCCUAUACCCUCUACAGGCCGGAGGAGGGCUACUGCCAGGCCCAGGCCCCUGUGGCUGCCGUCCUGCUCAUGCACAUGCCUGCAGAGCAAGCUUUCUGGUGCCUCGUGCAAAUCUGCGAAAAGUACCUGCCAGGCUACUACAGUGAGAAGCUGGAGGCCAUCCAGCUGGAUGGGGAGAUCCUGUUCUCUCUGCUGCACAAAGUGUCCCCUGUGGCCUACAAACACCUGAGCAAGCAGAAGAUUGACCCCAUCCUGUACAUGACAGAGUGGUUCAUGUGCGCCUUCUCCCGCACCCUGCCCUGGAGCUCUGUGCUCCGCGUCUGGGACAUGUUUUUCUGUGAAGGGGUGAAGAUCCUUUUCCGGGUGGGCCUGGUGCUGCUGAAGCACAGCCUGGGCUCCUCCGAGAAGCUUAAGGCCUGCCAGGGUCAGUACGAGACCAUGGAACGGCUGCGGAGUCUGAACCCCAAAAUCAUGCAGGAGACCUUCCUGGUGCAGGAGGUCAUCGAGCUUCCUGUGACCGAGCGGCAGAUUGAGCGUGAGCACCUGAUCCAGCUUCGGAAGUGGAAGGACACCCGGGGGGAGCUCCAGUACCAGUCGCCACCCCGGCUCCAUGGGGCCAAGGCCAUCAGCGAGGCUGAGCCUGCACCCCGGAAGGCACUGGAGCCCUCUCCCUCCAUCCGCCUGCCCCCGGGCACCCAGCUGCCGCCCCCGGGCACCAAGAGCAGGCAGCAGAAACAGGCAGAGAAGGAACAUGAGAAGGCCAUGAAGGAGAAGGCCAAGCGGCAGAAGGGUCAGCAGCAGCCCCCGCCACAGCUGUCCCCAACGGCACCCAGCGAGGCCAGCAGCCCUGGCCCAGGGGCCCCUCACCCCGCUGCUGCCCUGGUGCCUGUGGCUGCCCGGGGGUCAGAGGGUACAGACGCCAAGGACUCACCUCAUCGUUCCAAGGAGAGCCUGACUUCCCAGGAGAGUGAAGACACUUACUUGUAAAAGGACCAGGGUUCCCUGAUUCCUCAGUUUCCCUUUUCUGAAAGCUGGGAGGAGACAUGCCCUUUGUCCGAGAGGGUUUCCCACAGCUUCAAUAACCUGCUAGGCCAGUCACAGAGGGCAUCAUCUUGUGUGGCCGAAGGGCAGGGUCCUUGUCAGUGGCUGGCCCCUGGGGAUUGUGUGUCCUCUUCUGUCUGCUGGGCACUGGCCCCUCUCCCUUCUUUUCUGUAACCCCUGACUUGAGGAUGUGGGCAGACCGUAUCCUCCUGGCAGUGGGGAUGUUCUGGCCCCCUCCUGUCGGUGUGACCCCUACCCUCUGUCUGGCAGCCAUAAGGGGGCAGAUCCUGGGGGCUCGGUUGGAGAGGUCCUCAGCUUCAGUGACUAUUUAUUUUCUCUGGCAUUGGGCCUUGGGCUGCCCACACGGCCCAGGGGAUGGCCAGGCAUCCACCCUCUGGCCUGAAGGUCCUGGCUCUGCCUGUCUCCUUGGGCUCCAGGCUCCUGUUGGUCACAGCAAAAUCACAUGCUUCCUGUUGCCCCAGCGGGGCUCCUCCAAACUCCCCCCUGCCCAGAGAUGGGGGUCAGGCCUCUGCCCCCUCAGCCACCAGCCCUCUUCAGCCUAAUGGGUUGAGACCCUCAGAAGUGACCAUCUGCUACUGCUGUCCUGGGCUGGACGGCCCAUGGGGCACAAGACCUCGAGUCUGCCCUGGACGGGUGGGCAUGGGGCAGAGAGGUGAGGGGAUGGCUUCUCUUUGUGUAAAGUAAUGGUUUUGUACAGAAAUAAACUGGGUUCUCUAAA